AUGCCUUCUGAACUCUUUUAUAACGCUAUCAACUUUAAAUAUAAGCCUAUAGCUUGGUGGAUAGGAUUAUUAUCUAAAUACAUUGUACGACCAAAUGAUAAGUUUAAGCAAUUUAUCGAUCAAUCUAGGAAAAAAUUACGAUUUCAAUCGCCGAUUGUUGGUCUCCAUAUUAGACAUACUGAUAAAAAGCUUGAGACAAGGCUCUUCAAUAUUGACAAAUACAUCAUCAAAGUCAAAGCAUUCUAUGAUCGUUUAGUUAGUCAAAAAGUCAAUUUUAAAAAGCGAAUAUUUGUAGUCACUGAUGAGCCACAACUUGUUGAUCAA